AAUGGCGUCCAUGGAGACGCGGGACAUUUAAAUGACUUCAUCUGUCCAGCUGUGUCGGUUGAACAAACAAAAUGGCAACGUACGGCGACGAGCCAGUCGAUAGCUAUUUCUAUUCAUCUUACAAUCCUUAUUACGCGAGCAGGUACCGACCCAAAGAAACGUCGUGGAAGUACAAAAGUUACCUGUCCCACUAUGGCGACUCCUCGGAAGCGUUCAACAACCAGCAGCGCGCCCAGCUCAAGUCCAUCCUGUCGAAGAUCAACCCCAAGCUCACCCCGAGGCUCCGCAAGGCCAACACAAAGGACGUGGCGGUGCAGGUGAACCCCAAGAGGGAUGCCACCGUACAGUGCUCCCUCGGGCCGCGCACUCUCGUGGCCAUGAAGCGAGACGUCCGACGUAGGAAGGCCUCAGAGGGGUCCUCGAUCACCGGCGAGAGUGGUAGCCCCAAUACGGCUGUUCGAUACCCGCGGACCCUGGCGCUGUACUCCCCCAUAGCCUACCGGAACAUCACGUACUUCCUGGCGGAGGACAAGGAGUCGCCGCCCCGAGAGGCUAUGGCUAAGGGGGCACACGAGGUCGAAGGUGAUGCCGUCAAGGUGGACGCCCAGAAGGAUAAGGACGAGGAGGAGCAGAUGGAGUUCAAACAGCAGAACAGCGAGGAGGGGGUGGCCGCCGAAGAGGGGUCAAAGGGUACAGUCAUGGAGGAGGGGUCAAAGGGCAAAGCGCGAGUACGGUUCCAGUUUCUGGAGCAGAAGUAUGGCUACUAUCACUGCAGAGAAUGCAAUCUGAGAUGGGAAAGUGCCUACGUGUGGUGCGUUCAGGGUACCAACAAGGUUUACUUCAAACAGUACUGCAGGAAAUGCCAACAGGAGUUCAACCCGUACCGCGUGGAGGACAUCACCUGUCACACCUGCAACAAAGCCCGAUGCUGCUGCUCUGUGACGCAGCGCCAUGUGGACCCCAAACGGCCGCACCGCCAGGACUUGUGUGGCCGUUGCAAAGGCAAGCGACUCUCCUGUGACAGCACAUUCAGCUUCAAGUACAUCAUAUGAGCCACACUUGAACCAUGGGGGCCAAACCGCAACACUCGGCAAAUAUAUUGUUUCAGUACUUUUGUUUCACGUUUUGUUGCAGACAGUGAUGGCAUCACAAGUAAUAAAAUGGCUACUUUGCACUCCU